GUCAGAUACUAUCUUAAGUCGAACUCGUUCCUCCUCGGUUGGAGAGAACCGGGAACUGGUGGGAACGGCAAUACACUGACCAUCAACUGACCAUAACCUUAUUGCAUGAAAUUGACAUUUCAAAGUGUGAUUGUGAAGAUUAGAACUUGUAACCAAGCGUAUAAAGACUAUGGCCUCAAAGGACAGCGUUAAAAUUGCACCUGGUGCUAUGGUUUGUAAUGAAUGUGAACUGAGAGGUGACAUAACUAUUGGGAGUAUGACAGUUAUUCACCCUCGUGCUUCAAUCAUCGCCGAAGCUGGGCCAAUUAUCAUUGGCGAAAACAAUUUGAUUGAGGAACAAUCUGUAAUUAUCAACAGGAUACCAAAAGGUGAGCAGCCAACUUCUACACCUGUAUUAAUCAUUGGUGCUAACAAUGUUUUUGAAGUAGAUUGCCAUUCGGAAGCCAUGAAAAUAGGAGACAAUAAUAUUCUUGAAUCAAAAUCAUUUGUUGGUCGAGAAGUAGAACUCACUAAUGGAUGUAUAGUUGGUGCUGGUUGCAAGUUAACUUGUCCUGAAGUUGUUCCAGAAAACACAGUUAUAUUUGGUCAGCAGUGUACAAGAAGGCAACAAAUGGACAAACCUCCGAGUACUUCCCAAUUACCAUCAUUUGAAGAAGCCAUUUGUGAAAGGGAAACAGUGAAGCAGAGGAAUUCUCCCAAGGCUGAUCAAGUUACAACAUUGUCUCUUAUGCCUGUGUUUUAAGGCCAGAAUACAUUGUUGAUGUGUUCUCUUUGAAGCAAGGAAUUGUUUGUUAAUCUAUCCUGUUGUGUGUAUGUGUGUAAUGUUCACAAAAAUAUAUGUAAUCUUGCAACGUGUUUGACAGAAAAAGAUGCAGUGAUUUUAAUGCAAUAGUUAAAUAAUAAAGGCUGCAAACGUAAAUUUUGUGAGGAUGGCUACAACAUUAGAAUAGAAACAAGGGCAUAAAUACAUUAGUUCCAAAUACGCAAAGGUAUUUAUUCCUCUAUAGUUGAAACAUAAUUACAGGUUGAUAUUAAGUUUCUGAUUGCAUGGUCAAGUCACCUGAAGUCAGGGAAGCAUAUGGAAUUCUAUAAGUAAAAUUAGUGAGUUCUUUCAUUGGUAAGAAGUUGCCACUGAUUACCCAUGAAAUGGAGUUUACUUACAAUGCAAUGGGAACUGUCCUGCUGGCAAUUGCUACUCUGGAAAUAAAAUAUUUAUAUAUUGUGCUAACCUGCUGUGUGUUUGACAUUUAAGUCAUGGUGAAGCUGCUAGUGUUAAAUAUUAAUUUUUAGUUUAAAGUCAUAGCAAUAGCUUUUCCAAUAAUGUAAUCACUCUUGCGCUUCCUCUAAGUGAAAGUGAACAAGUGGUGAGGGUUGUACAAAAUGCACUUUGCAUGUGUGAAGUGCUGGCACAUAUGCAAACAAGCUUGUGGGAAGAGUAGUAAGACGACAUAAUUUUCUCUUGUGAGGCAGAAAGGUCUAGCGCAAAGUGGAUUGGUGUAGUGAAUACACAGUUGAAGCCUGUGGAUGAUUAUUUUGACAAGUUCUGAAACAGUUGAGCAUCUUCAAAAACCAUAUUAGUCUGCCAAAUGCAUUCUUCUGCCAGCCAAAUAUGCUGUAUGUCUGCUGAUAAUGCUUUAGAAGUGUCAGAUCAGUGAGUGCUGUUGGAGAUUAAUGAUAGUUUUCAUGAGAGAUUGUUUGUUUUGAUGUCAUCAGUAAAAAUAAUGUGAGAAUUGAUAGAAAUCGUGUUGAAAUGCAUGUGAGGAUAUUAAAAUUAAGUCUUUGCUAGAGAAAUUAAAAGGGGUCUAUGCAAUUAGAAAUUGGAUGAUGAGGCAACACUCUCUAAAUGUCAGAGAAACUGCAAUAUUCUCUUUCAUCACAUUUUCAACUAAUCUUGCAAAAUACUAACUUUUAAUCAAAGUACAAUUCAUGGAAAUAAUAGUUCUUUAAACGGAACUUUUAAAGUAAACGCUUUGUCAAUUCUAGAAACAAAUUGGUCUUUUGUUUUGUCCACAUAACACAGGGCAAAAUGACGAAAAUAAUUGGGAGAACCAUAGGUCUGAGAUAGGUUAUCCCACAUUCAUGAAAUGAAUGUAAAUAAUUUCUGAAUAAUCUAAAUUUUCUGAUAAUAAGUGAAUGUUACUCACUGUCCGUGAUCCCCGAUUUAGUUUGAUAUGAACAAGUGUCAAAGUAAUCACUCACAUGGUUGAAGGAACUACAUAAUUUAUUAUGAUUUUAAUUUGUGUUGGCCAUACCAAAGUUUAAUUGUAAAUUGUUAAAAUUAAAAAUGUAUUAGGUGCAAUUAUUUUUAAAGCAUAUUAUAUUUUUAAUAUUGGUUUUAAUGGUGCAGAUAAUUAUUAAUUACAAAAAUGGCUUUCUGUUUUCUUGUGGAAGUAUGGAAUAAUUAUUCUUUCUAUUACAUUUGUACUUCACUUUCUGAAGCCACUUCUGUAAAUAAUAGCUCUCCUAAUCUGUAGUGGAUAUAUGACGUGCCUCUCAGAACCCAGUUCUUUCACUAUUGCAAACAGAUGGUGGAAGAUGAAUUAAAUAUGGAUGUGCUUACCUUUGUGGACUGUUGUGCAAUAUGUAUUAACCCUAAAGAAGUUGUUUUGCACACCACUGUCACUAGAUAUUUCAUAUUUCUUAAUAGAUGUUUAGGAUUGUUUCAUUGUUUUAUGCUUCUAUACUCUGAAGUCUCUAGUUUCACCUUCAAUUAAUCUAUUCCAAACAUUGAAAUGACUGAAAAUAUCAAGACCUACCCUGCAGUUGUUUAGCAUAUACUGCUAAGAUGCAUGACCUGGUGAAAAAUUAAAGGAAAAUACCAUGCAAUUCUCAAACCUAGAGGCAAUAAGUUUCAUAAUCAAUAAUUUGUUGAAAUGAUAUCUAUCUUUUGUAUUCCCAAAAAGGGACACUGCCGUACUAGCCUCUGUUAGCUCACGAAUACUUUAUUGAAUCCAGAACCGCAAGAAGGCAUACAUAAUAUGUGUCUCUAAUUUGACAAAGGUUCAACAGCUAAAAAGAUUUAUUAAUACAUGAAAUAUCAAUAUUUAGAUAAAUGCCAUAUUUAUUGUGUAUGAUCAAUACAUCUUGAAACAUUUGGGUUUGUUAAGUGGUGUUCACAGUUUAUCAAGUGAUAUCUUAUCUAACAAAAUGGAGCACAACUAUUUAAGGGUUAAACAUUUGCAAUUCUGCAGUGUCUGGUGCUUUUGGAAAUAGUGGUAGUAUGCAGAUCAGAUUUUUCUACUUAGUUUUUACAAUUUACUUCUCAGUGGUCAUUUUCAAUUGCAAAUAACCUAUUUGCUUCCUGUUAGUAGUUAUCUAAAAGUAGUUCCAGAAAAUAUGGCAAUGCAUCAGUGGCAGCUCCUUGGGGUACCUUUACCAUGUAAUAAAAUUAAAAUGAUACUUACUGUUUUUGUAUUGUCAAUAUUUUUCAUCGGUAAAUAUAAAAUGGACAUUUCAUUAUGGUAGUACAUGCUAAUUUUCAGUUCAAGACUUUGAAAACACCACACAAUCAGUCUCGUGACCUCUUCGCAUUGUCUCAAGUUGUCUCUCUGGGUAGGCAUGUUCACUAGUUGCCUCGCUUCACAUUGUAUUUUGAGAAAAGGCCUGAGAAUGAGCAUAGUUAAGUAUUUCUUUUAUAACACAUUUUGCCCUCACUAGGUGUAUGCACAUUCAGCUAGGCAGGAGAAUUGUGAUUGAGAAUGGCUUCAAUUUUCUGUCACAUUUAUAGUGGAGGUCAAGUUAAAAACAGGAAAGCUUUUAUUAUUGUUUACCAAUGCUUUUAUUACUACAUUUUGAAUUUAAAUUAGUAUGCUGCUGAUUAUUUGUGUGUGUUGCUGUAGUUUGUAGAUUUAAAUAUAUUUUUAUGUCAAUGUUAUGACUUGCUGAACUGGCUUAGACUGAUGACACGGCAGUCCCUCUGACUGGGAUGACCUAAACAGUAUAUACAGUAAAACCUGUUUGAGACGGAACCUGAAGGUUCCUUGAAAAAGUUGGUCUUAGCAGAUUUCUGUCUUACGGAGGGUUGCCAAAAAAUGACUAUUUAACUUAAGUGCAGUAUUUUUGAUAUGGUAUUGUUAGUGAAACAAAAGAAUGAAAACGUAGCAUAAUUUAUUACUAAGUGCAGAUUUUCUUGGCAUGCCAUUUUUUUUCUUUUCACUUUAGACCAAUGCCUUUUCAUGUAUGGAUUUUUUAAAAUGUUUUGAGGUAUGAAAAUGACCCAUUUUUUUAUGAGUUUUUGGUGACUUUAUUGAUUUUAUUAACAUUUUAGUGGUACUUGCUUCAAAUAAUAUUUAGGACAAAAGUUCAACAUGGAAUGUCUGAGUAGAC